AUGAGCGAUGCUGUACGCCCAAGUGAUGAUAAAUUCAACGAGGCUCUUGAGGAGAGUAUGAAGACAUGGUCUUCUUAUCUCGGCUCCCAGAGCGAGAAUUGCCUCUUACCCCGCCAUGCUAUAGACCUCAGACCACUCGUCAUUCAAACCCCACCUUUCCUCGGCAAUGAGCGUGCCAGCUGGGACAAGACUACCUCGUUUGCUUGCGAGGAGAAACAAUCAACUCAGUUGGAUGGCAAUCUUCUCGUUAAUGGCCGAUCAACUUGGAAAACUUCCGAAGGGAAUUGUGAUUCACAGCCAAGGGUUAUGCCCAAACAGCUUCUUUUGGCAGUUAGCAGUCCAUUGAAUGUGAGGUUGUCAGAAGACUCUCCCUUUUCAGACUGGCCUGGAGUCCAGGGACUCUCAGGUUAUGACCAGGGAAACUAUUUGUCAGUUCUUUACCUGGCAUGGGCAUAUAUCCUAUCUGCUCGAUGGGUCGAGUUGCUUGGUCGCUCUGCUGAUCAUGAAUGUUCUAUGGCCUUUGCUACACAGGAGACGAACAAUUCAUCGCCGCAACCGGAUAACCAACCCGUGGUUGAAAUUGACAUCGGUGACUAUGUAUGUGAAGAAGAAGUCUCCUGGUGGCGGACUAUUUUAUUUUCUGGCGAUGGUUGGGAUGCGACCGCUAAAUACAACGGUCGUGUUUAUUUGUCGCCAUGGUCAGCCUCGGCAAAGCAUGCGGGUUUAAGGUUGCCCACAAACAGAUUUUCGAGUGCCAAGUUGAAUCUACCGGACUCGGUGACCGCUCUUAAAUACCUGAAUCGUUUUUGUGUGCAUCAUUACCUAUAUGCUCAGUGUUCAGUUGCCCUUGCCGGGGUACUGUACAUUCCAUUUCUGAGGAAAAGAACGGUUUCCCUUCCGGUUCCAAAACCAGUUUCUUCGCUCAAACGAAAGAAUUGUGCUAGUGACUUUUUUGUCUCUAUCCCAAAUCUAAUGAAAGAGCAUAGCGAAUUGUUGCCAAAGUAUAUGACAUUAAGUUCCAACGCAUGGGGUUUGCGCUCUCUACUGUGCAGUACGUUUUUCAAUGCAGAUAUUGAGUGCAAUCUCGUCAGUGCCUGGCUGAACCCGGCCUUUGCUGUUCUUGACUCGAUCCAAAAUAAGAGUUCAAUGGCUACAUUAUUAGCAAACCGACUUCCUCGACUCGGUAUACUCUGGGUUGGCGCGAUCCUCACAAAUACGGCGAGCUCGGUUCUGCGAGACAUACGAGCAGGAAUGACUGCUUUGGAUCUUCCAGCUUCUGCGUGGACUGGAACAACACAGACGUUCCUGACUUUAAAAUUGGAGACCAACUAUAGCGAUUUGAUACCACGCGACGACGAAUGUCGGCUCCUUUUCAUCACAGCCUGCGAAGGUCAUGACCGACCUCCAGUCUGGCCUUGGAAGCCCUUCGGAUUUACACAACUUGAUGACACAGAGCUCCCAGUCCGAAAGCAUGCUAGGUGUAACUCCCACUGCUUGAAAUACGACUAUUGGGAAUGGAUUUUGACAAACAAUGGUUCAAUUCAAUACUCCGAAGCAGAAAUUAGUCAGUCUUCUGUUCAGGCAUCAGCUUUUUCCGCUAAUGGGAAACUGGCCAAACUCGAAGAUUAUAACUAUGAUUACUAUUCACAAUCCCUUUCUGAAGGAGCCACUCGCGGGAUAUUUGAAUGGUUAAGAUCGACAGGAUACUCUCGUAACGAAAGACAUAUAUACCAACAUUCUUGGCUGGAUCUAGAGGGCACUGACGAAGAAGAGGCCGAUGAUAUGGAAUCAGACUUGGAAACACAAAAAUGCCCAAAGAUAAUGCCCGUUGAAAAUUGGCUUGAAAGCAUCGAAUAG